AUGGCGGCUCCUUUGAAAGUCCUUAUUAUUGGCGGUGGUAUUGCUGGUCCUGCCCUCGCCUACUGGCUCUCACGGAUCGACGCCAAAGUUACUCUCAUCGAACGCUCUCCCCACAUACGAGCCUCCGGGCAACAGGUGGAUCUCAGGGCCCAGGGUGUAUAUAUGAUGAAGAAGAUGGGCAUCGAGGACGCUGUCCAAGCCGCCGCUGUUCGAGAAAGUGGCACGCAACUCGUUGACACCAACGGCCGGACCAAAGCCUUCUUUCCCACCGUCCAGAACGGUGCCCUGAAGCAAAGUUUCACGUCCGAGUACGAGAUCAUGCGCGGUGAUCUAGUUAAUAUUCUAUACAGUCUCACGCAAAAUUGUGAAAAUGUUAACCAUCUAUUCUAUACUACCGUCGACAGCAUUACGCAGGAUGACGAAAAUGAUCCUCACGGCAAGGUCCACGUGAACUUUACACAUGGUGCCCAGGAGGAUUUUGAUCUUGUCGUUGGCGCUGAGGGGACCGGUUCCAAAACUCGCGCCAUGAUGUUGGGUCCAGACGCUCCGGAUCCACGGAGGCGGGUUGAGGGAGCGGGUAAAGGUUUUAUCGGAUAUUUCAGCAUCCCCUCGAAACCAGAGGAUUCAGAUAGGGGAACUUUCUGCCACUUGCCAAAAACCAGCGUAUCUCGAAUAAUCGCAACGAGAAAGGAUUGCCCAGAAAUUACACGCAUAUACAUGCUUAUGUACGGCACAGACGACGCUCUCGAAAAGGCAUAUGCAUCUGGGAAUCUAGCACAGCUGAAGAAAGCUUUCGCUGGUAUAUACCAAGACGGUGGAUGGGAAUGUAAUCGAUUCAUGGAAGCACUACAAAAUGCCCCGGAGGCAGACGACCUGUACUGCACACCACUCGAAGAAGUCCAUCUCCCCAGAGGAUCCUGGUCGAAAGGCCGAGUGGUUCUAGUCGGUGAUUCUGCUCAUACCAAGACGCCCGAGGGGUUCGGGACGACGUGGGGCCUGAUUGGGCCCUAUAUACUGGCUGGGGAGAUCGCGGCCCUCUACGGGACAGCCAGGUGGACGCCGUCAGCAGCCGUAAUACAAGGCGCGAAGAACUACGAGGAAAAGUUUCGGCCGGUAGUUACUGCGAGGCACGGGAGUAGAUCGUGGAUCGAAUAUGUAACCCUUCCUACAUCGCGCCUGGGAACCCGAUUACUGCAUACGUUUGCACCAGUAGCAGCGCACUUGCGGUUCGACCAAGGCUGUGGUUUGGAUAGAAGGACGACUAAAUGGAGGCUUCCACACUAUCCCGAGCUGACCAACCAAUUGGAAAAAGUCUGCUCGACGGCAGCGUCCAGCUUUCCAGACUCUUACUACUAUCCCGAGCUAGCAAAGUUAAGCAUUGAUAGUGGUUGGACUUGGUAG